UCUAAUUCCCAACUCAUCCAACCACCUCAGACAAAAAGCGAAGUAUACAUUUGCAACCAAACAGGGUUCUUCCCAUGUCUCCACACACUUCACCUUAGGCAUAAGAGAAAUCGCAGCCGAAACUGACAGAACACAAAAUCCUAAAAUCUUUGUAAUUAAAUUCAACAAAGUCUCCGUCCAACAGCUAAAGCAAAUCGCUAAUUGGUGGCGCUAGCUUGUCAAUUGAGGUUUUCUUCGAUUCUUCGAUCUCAGAUUAAAGUAGUUGGAGCAGGCUUUUUUCCCAUUAAAAGGAGGAAGUUUGCAAUGGUGGGAUGAAGAAGAGAGGGAAAGAGGAACAUGGCGAGAGGGAAGUGGGUCUUUUCUUACAAGAAAACCACUCUCUUAGUUUGCUUCUUCAAUAUUGCCGUUGCUCUUUACGUUCUUCGCUCUCUUUAUGCUUCUCUUUAUAUCUACUCCGGUAACGUUUCCCGCAACGUUGCUUUGUAUAAUCCAGAUCAGAUUCGGAAAAUGGAAGAGUCAAUGCAAAUCCGCAGGGAAUUUAAACCCGUGGAGUUAAUUAAGUGGGUAAAGGCUCUAGAGGGGGAGCUUUCGAGUGAAACUAGGGCGGUUGAGUUGUCGCAGCAUUUGAAACAGAACAUAAUUGAUGAGAUCUUGCAGAGACUAAGGGGGUUGAAUUCUAGUGGCGCAGAUAUUGCCAAGGAACGAGAAGUAGUUGAAAAUUGGCGCAAGGGAAAACUGGAAGAGGUCAAGUCGGCUCUUGUGAAGGGGACUUCCAAUUCAUCCAUCCCCCAUGAAGAAGCUGGUAUACUAGCAAGAGCCUUGGAGUCUGAUUGGGCUCUGCUUUGUGAAGAAAUUGGCCUUUGGGUACCUGCUCAAGUUGCCAAUGAAGAACAUGAUGACAAACCUGAGGGUGCAGAGGAGUUUGAUGAGGAGGUUCUUCCUGGCAGGCCCCUUUCACCCGAGUGCCAUGCGGAACUUCAUACAGAUUAUGAUGGUUCUGCAGUAAGAUGGGGUCUUACACAUCACAAGGAUAGCGCAGCUGAUUGCUGUCAAGCUUGCUUGGAUCAUGCUAAACAUGCCAAAGAAGGUGAAAAGAAAUGCAAUAUCUGGGUUUAUUGCCCAUCUGAGUUUGGGUGUCAUUCUCCAGAUAUUUACCAGCACAAACAUCAGGAAUGUUGGCUGAAAUAUGCUGAGAAACCUCGACUAAAUUUUAAGAAUAAGUAUCCAGAAUGGUAUCGAAAUUCGCACCCUUCUGCACCAGUGAUCGUUCCAUGGGCCUCUGGUAUUACUAGUUCAUGAGUCCAAUAACCAAACACCAAAUGUAACUUUAUCAACCAGAGCUACCGUCACACGAGCUCAAACAUGAUCGUGGAUUAUAUACCACUGUUCUUGAACAUGUUUUUUUGUGUAGGAAAUGAACUGGGGAACAAAGAAUUUUCCCAAUGGUCAUUUAGGACUUGGUUUUGGUCAAAAUGCAGUUUUUGACAGACUCACCUCAGUGCCAAGGAUUUUCCACCAAGGUCGGGUCUAAAACACUUAGGAAAGGUGACUUAUAAAUGAUGAGGAAGUUGUUUUUCUGUAUGCUAUCUGAUAACAUUAUUCAUUGUAUCUGUGGGACUUAUAAUCCUACUCAUAUUAUCAUUCUUGUUC